AUGAUUGCGCUCUUUUUGGACAUUGUUGUCGUUUCUUUGAUUUUUCUCUUUUUUGCUUCCUACCACCGCCUAUUUUCGAGGCGAACAAAUAAAGGCUUAAUACAAACACAAAAAAGUUGGGGAACAGUUAUAGCUACUACAUUUAAUAAAACUACAAAUAAAGUCAAUAAUAAUAAUAAUUUUAAUAAUAAAAUGCCUAGCACGGCGAAAGAAAAUUUAAUUGAACAACAAAAAGUAACAAAAAUGAACCCGGAUACUCAAUCUAAACAACAAAUACUUUUUGAAGAUCCAGAAUUUCCUGCAAUCUGGCAGAGCAUAUAUUGCGAGGAGAGGGAGUCAGAUCUACCCUCUCCUAAAGGAAUAAUAUGGAAACGUCCUUGGGAAAUUAAUAGUAAUGCCUGUUUUAUUCGUAACCAGACAGACAAUUCAGCCUUUCAAUUAAAAGAUAUAGUCCAAGGCCAAUUACGCGAUUGUUGGUUGGCGGCCGCGUUUUUAGCGCUGAUCCAAUCAGAAGAACAUUUUAAUGCUGUUAUUGACCCAACUUUAAAUAAUAAAUUAAAUUCUGAAAAUUAUACAGGUUUUCGACAUUUAAAAAAAUUUUUUGGGUCAAUUUAG